AUGGAGGCUAAGAAGGCAGAUCCGGGAGAUACCGACGACAGGGUGACCACGAGGCAAGAUCCACCAGGGAAUGAUUCACCGGAUACAGGCUGCAGGCCCCCGUCGUACUCUGAAAACCCUGUAGAGACCGACCUGCUUCCGCCAGAAACACUGCUUCUAGCUGGCACCGCCAUUCACAGCACUUCCAGCCCGCCCUCCUGCCCCACCCCCAUCUACCAACUCUCCCGCGACAUAAGCCACUUACGCCAGAGCAACACUAAAGUCGAACUCUCCCGGUUCGACCACCGUAUCCGCAACAAUGCCACUACGAAUACUCCUCAAGUGAGUACCCGAGAAAGGCACAUCUUCAACCUAACACGGCCUCCAACCAUCACUACCCCACAGUUCGAGUACCAUCUCGAGCCCGUCUCAAGCGGAAAUCUAGGGCAUGUCGGCUUGAAGAGAUACCAUCAUGUCGUGUCCUCCGGAUACCAGGCGUGGAGGUCGACAAUACCCCAUGCUGGUGCCGACCUGGAGGCCAAGGAACUUGUCUUCGUUGCGAAGGCACGGGGUAAGGAGCGGUAUGAAUGGCGAGAGGAUACAGACUGUGGUCGCCUUCUAGCAUACGACACGAUCGACGACGGUAUUUUUCGCUUGCAGGUCCUCGAAGCGAUGAAUCGAAAGCGAAGAGAUGCCCUCGUGGGGGUCUGGUGUCUGCGUGUCUGGAGGGAGGUUGCCAACUCCAACGUGGAGCCUUUACAUCGGGAGGAUGAUGAUAACAUGGCGGCAGAGGCGAUUUCUACUGAGGGUUCACCGGAGACACCGUGUACACAGGCAGCAAACGGUACGGUGCCUGCAAAACCUUCCGCCAAACAAGAUUCGACCAAAGGAUCAACCGUUGGAGACACGACUGUUGAAAAACCCGUUCUUGAAAACACGGCCACUGAAGGGGUGACUCCUAAGUCGAUCUCCACUACGGGGGCAAAUAUCGAGAUUACCACCCAAGCGACUAGUACAAUGACCACGGCCAGCAUCACAGCUGAAGAGUCCAGCGUUGAAGGAGGGAGUGCAGAAAAGGUUUCUGAAAAGGCCACUGCUGAAGAAACACCUGCUGGAGAAACAUCUGCUGAGAAGCCUCCUACCCUACCUACCCUUCGAGGAGAAUUUAGCUUGAAGGAUGCGCUCGAACAAGAAGAAAACAUGCUUCUCAGAUUCAGUUACCCCGAGAAACGAGUAGACUUCUUUGUGUGGCUUCACCUUCACAGAAAAGAAAUGGCAGAAAUUGUCUCGUUUCACUUAGGCUUAUCUCCUCCAGAGGAAUGUCGGCCUGGGGAAGUGAGAGAGUGGCUGCACGGUAGCUUCAAUGUCUGCAUUCUAUUCUAUAUUAAUAACUGGACGAAGGGGCCAGGCAAACGAGUGUUGAUUAGAUUUCCCCUUCCAUACAAGGUUGGCGAGUCAGAGUAUCCUGGAAAUGCGGAGGAGAAGCUUCGUUGUGAGGUAGCAACCUAUAUUUGGAUGCAAGAAAAUUGUCCGGAUGUUCCCAUACCUCAAUUAUGGGGAUUUGGGUUCAAGGAUGGUCAAACUUUCACCAAACCUGAGAAUGUUCCUUGGGCGACUAGAUUACUUUGGUAUCUUCGUCAUCACAUCUCACGCAUAUUUCGAUAUCCCUUAUCCUGCCCCUACGUUAUCAAUUUCCGUAAAAACGUGCUAGAGAACGGAUAUCUUAUCCUGGAUUAUAUUGAUGAACCAGGGGUACAAAUGCUGUCAAGCUCUUGGGAGCAACUCCGCCAGGACGAUGUCAAAAGGAAGAACCUCUUUACGGAUCUUUCACGCAUUAUGCUCUCGUUAAGCCGUACACCCUUACCUUGCAUUGGGUCCUGGACACUGGAUUUGAACGGCAGGAUUCGGUUAGCCAACCGUCCAUUGACUUGUGAACUUCACCAAUUUGAGAACGAAGGUAUACCAACAAACAUCAGCCGAGAAUUGACUUACACUACAAGCGAUGCAUACUAUCGCGAUAUGUUGAUUCCUCACGAUAACCGUAUACGAUACCAGCCGAAUUCUAUACAUGACGAACUCGAUGGUAGCGUACAACUAGCGAACCUGACUAUCAUGCGAUCAGCUAUGUCUGACAUUAUGGGCCGGGAUCUUCGCCAUGGACCCUUUUUUUUCCAGCUAACUGACCUUCAUCAAAGCAACAUAUUCGUCGAUAAGGACUGGAAUAUCAAAUACCUUAUUGAUCUUGAGUGGGCAUGUUCAUUACCCGUAGAGCGUCUCUAUCCGCCAUGGUGGAUGACUGGUCGCCCCGUCGAUGGGAUUGUCGAUGAGCAUUUGGCCAACUUCCGAGAAACCUACCAAGAAUUUACGGAUAUUUUUGAGGAGCAGGAGAAAGUUCUUGCCCCUGUCAACGGCGUCAGUCUAUCCCGGGCCUCCAUUAUGAGAAGAGGCUUGAGCACUGGAUCCUAUUGGUAUCUUCACGCACUUGGCAGUGCCAAGGGCCUGUACAAUCUUUUUAUGUGGCAUAUUCAGCCAUUAUAUGCACCAUCUCAUGAUUCUAACUUAGAAUAUCCUGCCAUUACAUCAAAGUACUGGGCUAAAGAUGGGGACGAAGCGAUAGCAAAAAAACUCAAGGACAAAGUAGUAUAUGAGGACAAGAUACGCCAGCUAUUCGAUAAAAAGUACCCUUCGGCAGCACAGCCCACAUAA